GUGAUAUUUUAAAGAAAAGGGCACCAGAGGUAAAAAUACUAAGUUCCACUUGGUGCACUAACAGUAACUAAUUCGCUUCCUGGUCCAACAUCCGUCUUUUGAGUUUACUAGCAUGCUGUUUCCCAAAGCCGGGACUAGAGCGUUGGUGGGGAUGUAAACAGAGCCGUCUGGGACCUUCCGCAGCUUAAAGUCAAAUCAGAUUGAACUCCGGAGCGAAUCGAAGGAUGCGAGUCAACCGGAAGCUAUGUACAGUACAGGUACCCUCCAGACAAAGGACCACGUCAACUCACAGCAGACAGAAAAUUUAAUCCCUGUUGUACAGAAACACCGUGAAAGUAAAGUCUAGUAAUUUUCUGCACAGCUUCUAACAGCUAAACAAAGAACAGCAGUCAAACAACAACCGAAUCUAUAACAGGACGUCGGUGAGUAAAACGUGAAUCUGGGUUGAGGAGUCCGGCUGCGCUCGAGCUCAGCCUUCACAACCGGAAGUGAAUGUGUCCCUCUAACGAAUGUAUCGUCUCUUAUUUGUAGUCUGGUGCCAUGGACUGGCUGGUCCUGAGUAACGUGCAAGGGAUGCGAGUUAUCUGACUGCAUCGCCACUGCCCGGUAAAAGAGGGCAUUAGUGCAGAAGGGGCCGCAGCGAGUAUGAACACGAAUAUUGUUGUAAUCGGAUGCGGGAUAUCGGGUAUAGCUGCGGCGCACAAGCUCGUCAGCUGCGGGUUUAGUAAUGUGCGGAUACUAGAGGCGUCGGCGAGAAGUGGAGGAAGAAUAAGAACAGCCAGAUUGGGUAAUAAUGUUGUUGAGAUGGGGGCAAACUGGAUCCAUGGGCCAUCUGAGGAGAACCCAGUGUUUUGUCUGGCUCGUAAGUACGGGCUCCUGGAUCCAGAGGCCCUCACCCCGGAGAAUCAGGCUAUGGACAUCGAAGAACAGCCUCCCUGGACUCCCAACGUCUUCUGCAGUUCAGGUCGGAAGCUGAAUGCUGAGGACCUCUAUCCUGCUGAGGAGCUCUUUGCUGAGCUGCUGAAAGAAUGCUCAGAGUUUCAUAGUCAGGGUGGAGAACCCUGCGCCAGUGUGGGAGAAUUUUUACGGACAGAGGUGCAACGACGAGCAGCAGAGAGGUGGAAAGAUAUUGAUGCAACCACCAGAUCUCUGCGACUGUGUAUGAUCAGUAACCUGUUGAAGGGCGAGUGCUGUGUUAAUGGGGCUCACAGCAUGGAUGAGGUGGGUCCGGGGGCCUAUGGUCUUUACAAGACUCUACCUGGACUGGACUGUACAUUCCCAGGUGGCUAUGAAGGGCUAAUCAAAAACAUGAUGUCGGAGCUCCCCAGUGGUUUAGUGAGCUACAAUCGGCCUGUGCGUUGUGUCCAUUGGAGCAACUCAGAGAAGAGAGAAAACCCUAUUGUGGUUGAGUGUGACGAUGGGGAGAGGAUCGCUGCUGAUCACGUCAUUGUCACUGUACCUCUAGGAUACCUGAAGAAGCACCGUUCAACUCUGUUCCGUCCUCCUCUCCCUCUACACAAGCUGCACUCCAUCCAGAGACUGGGCUUUGGAACAAACAAUAAAAUAUUUGUGGAGUUUGAUUCACCAUGGUGGGACGCUGACUGUGAUAGCAUCUGUUUGGUGUGGGAAGAUGAGGAUGUCCUGGUGGACCAGGUGCCAGAUGUUCAGAGACCCUGGAUAAAGAAGUUGUUUGGCUUUACUGUGCUCAAACCCACUGAAAGGUAUGGCCAUGUUCUGUGUGGCUGGAUUGCUGGGCAUGAGUCCGAGUAUAUGGAGACGCUGUCUGAACAGGAGGUCACACAGGCCAUCACACAGCUUAUUCGUAGGUUUACAGGUAACCCUGUCAUCACCCCGAGGAGAAUCCUGCGUUCCCAGUGGUUUCAUGACCCCUGGACACAUGGAUCCUACAGUUACCUUGGAAAAGGCUGCUCAGCACAGGACUUGGAGAACAUGGUGGAGCCCCUGCCUACGAAGGGAUCACAGUCACAACCCCUACAGGUGUUGUUUGCUGGAGAGGCUACUCAUCCCUCCUUCUUCUCUACCGUCCAUGGAGCUCUGCUCACAGGGUGGAGAGAAGCCGAUCGACUCAUCUCUCACUACUCCUCCGUUGGUCCCUCUCAGCCAGCCACGUCAAAACUUUAAAAUAACAAUACUGCC